AUGAUGGACUCAAUUGCCAUUAUCCAAAAAGACAAAGGCCUGACUCAAGGGAAUGUCACUCUACCUCCCUUGAAGGACCAUCAGGUAUACGUCAAGGUUGAAUACGCCGCUUUCAAUCCUACUGAUCGCCUGGCUCUUGAUGUCAAUGCCUUUGGAGAUGGCGCAGUGCUAGGCUGUGACUUUGCUGGUAAAGUCGUGGAUGCCCACUCAAGUGUCACCAAAUUGAAGCCUGGUGACAGCCUUGCUGGCUUUAUCUGGGGAGGAGAGAUCAAGGGCCUAGGGGCCUACUCAACUCGAAGGAAGUACACGAUCGCCGACGAGCGGUUGUCUUUUAAAAUACCCGGAAAUAUUAAUCCAGCAGAGGCUUCAUCAGUUCCAUUGGCUGCUAACACUGCAUGGCUUGCUCUCUUCUCCGACGAUUGCCUUGCACUCAAUUCCUAUAAGACAGGAGAAAGAAGCCCCUUGUUGAUCUGGGGAGGUAACACAACCGUUGGAUAUUUCGCCAUUCAGAUCGCCAAGCUCCACAACAUCGAAGUCGUUACAACCUGCAACCCUAAAAACUUCGAUAAGAUGCGACAAGCUGGCGCAACUCAUGUUUUUGACUACAAUGACGAGGAAGUUGCAUCUAAGAUUCGAUCAGCAGUGCCAAAUCUGCAGCAUGUCUUUGAUACAGUUGGCAACGAAACCUCCUCAGCGACUGCAGCCAGGUCCAUCAGUCAACCACAAGGCAUGCUAUCCACCGUUCGCCCAGGCAAGGCAAACACUGAAGGCGUUCCACCUCAUAUCAAGGUCACGGAUGUCUUUGUCUUUACUGCUUUCCCCACAGAGCAUAGCUACCGAGGAAAGGCGCAUUGGCCUGUGAAAAUGAAUGAUCACAAACUCAGUGCCGAUUUUCAUGGUCAGUUGCAGACAUUGCUCGGAAACGGAUCUCUCAAGCCAUCUCCCAUCCGUCUCAUGGGACAGCUUAGCCCGUCUACGGUUGAGAAAGCGAUGGAUCUCAACCGCCAAGGUUCUAUCUCGGGCGAGAAGCUUGUUUUUGAAGGCUUUAUUUAG